AUGAGCAAGCACUACUUUGCGGCACACCCGUGGCGGGAAGCCCCGGUGGCCCACGCCCCGCUGCUCCGGUUCGGGCGGGCUGGCCCGGUGUACGGCGACGUCUAUCCUCUGGCACUCGACACAGCCGAGUGUGCGGUGACCAAGGAGAAUGUGGCCAAGGGCUACCGCCCGCCGCUACCGCGGCUCGGCUCGAUGCAGAUCCGUUGCCGCCACGCCGAUGCCCCGCUGCCGACCAAGCUCGGGCCGGCGCGCGCCGAGCUCGACGCCGCCAUCGCAAGCCGCCCGCCGCCGCUGGUUGAGCCGACACAGCCGGCCGAUGCUGUCGCAGCACUCGAGGCGCUGCCCAAGGCAGCAGCGUCCAACGCUGUCUUGUUUAUGAAUCGGCUCGCCCAGCCGCCACGCACCGUCCCGCUCGCCUCGCUCACCUUUAUCCCGCGCGGCAUUCAGUCGGGCAACAUCUUCUACGCGCUCGCGCGGUCGCGGGUCCCGCGGCUCCGUGCGCUCUGGCUCCUCCGUGCCCACUUUGCCCGCGCCCAGGCGACCGAUCCGCUCCGCUCGCUGGAUCUGACCAAAAAGCUUGCGCUCUACAUCAAGUCGUUCUUUUCCGAGCCUGGAGGCGAAGUCGCCAAGGACAUCUCUCUGCCGCUCAAGUCCAACUCUCUGCUGUCCGAGAACGCCGCCCCACAGGCGACGGGCCGCGGCAGCGUCGACGCGUCGCCACAUGCCACCGAAAUGUGGGCGUACACCGUCGACCUCGCGCUUGCGCUCCAUGCCGAGGUCGGCAUGCUGAGCCUCGACUACUGGCUCCGCUCGCUCAACCAGAUUUGGUCGACCGUUCUUGCCUCCGAAGCUGCGCUCUCCGAGGCGGCCAAGGCGUUCUGCGAUCGCCCCGGCACGCUCGCGGGAGCGGUGGCACCGGACAAGAUCGAGUAUCUCCUGCCGCCCGGAGGCUCGAUGUCCGUCACGUUUGCCGCCGCGUACUCGCUCAUCUCGGUCUUUCUACCUGAGUUUGUGGCACAGAGCCACCUCGCGCAGCUCUUGCUGCAAACGACGCUGAAGGGGAUGGCCGAUCUGGCACGGGCCGCGCCGACUCCACACUCGCCCAUAACCGCCGCCCGCGCCGUUGUCCACACCCUUGUCUUGCGAGCAAGUCGCCUCUUUGUGUAUGCGCCGGCACCGCUGCUGGAUGCGUCCCUGCUAGGGUCUGAUCCACCGGCGGCGCAGUCUACACACGGCUUUCUCUCGCUCACCGCCGCCUACGCGCCGGUGGCGAACGCGCGCGCGACGCUGUUUGGGAAACCGGAAGGGACGCAGCCGUUAACCAAGAGCGUGCCGCCUCCGCCAACGCUUGCUCAAAUCCUCACUUCGCAGUCGCGUCGGAUCGACGACGCCGUGCUGGCUUGGGGGAAGAGCCGUGCGCUCCCGGAUGCUGUCGGCAUCCUUGUCCGCUGGCUAGUCGAGUGCAAGACGCCGGCGCAGUCGACCGAAGACACGCUGCGUGCGCGGUGCAUCAGCGUGGCAGGAGCACUAGCGUCGUUUGUCCGCGCGCGCGAUGUGCGGUCGAAGCACCUGCAUGUGGCACUGCUGGAGAGCCUUCACGCCGUCGGCCGCCCGCUCUUUGACUCUCGCUCCACGGCGCCCCUCCACCGGCUGCUUGUUUUGUAUGGGGUGCUUGCGAGCCGCGGGCUGUUCGACUAUGCUGCGCUCGACCGGGCGUGCACGGCGCAGCAGCUCUCGCGCGACUCGCCGCGCUGGGACUCUUGGCCAGCUGACCUUCUUAUGGCCUUUCCGCUUGAUGCCGACCCCAUCGCGGCCGCCAAUCGUGAGCGCCGCGCCAAGCUUCUGAGUCUGACUGUGCGCAAGAACGAGGCUCGCCGGCUGGCGGCUGCGCCAAGUGCGCUUGUGGCGAGUUUGGUGGCCGGCCUCGCGCCGGACGACAAUUUGGUCCCGGUCGUUGUCCAUGAGCUGGUGGAGGCGCCGACAGCCGAGGUGGUGUCGACGCUUGCGCGCGCAGCCGCGCUGCCGGCCAUCUCGAGCCCAAUGCCCGACCGCAGUGCUGCUCCGGGCCCAUGGCUCGAAGCUGGAUUCGUCCGUGUGUGGAUCAAGGCGCUGAUGCGGGCGUUUGGAGUCGAACGUUGCUCCAGUAGCUCUAGCCGCGACCCGCUCCCUUGCGUCGGGCCGAACCCAGAGCUGGUGGCGGCACUGGCGAUGGCGUCCCGUGGCAAGGUGGAGGCGGCGCUCACAGGGGUCGACCCGAGCGCCGCAGUGGCUUCUGUGGUCGAAGCGAUGGCUGAAGGCAGUCGUGCAUGUCUUGGGCUCUGCUGCGGCGUCCUGGGCGGGCUGGCAGAAGAGGCUGGCACCGAGGGAGUCGCGGGCGCGUUUUCGGCGGCGAUGGCCAAUCUUGCGCCCGGCCGCGGUCCGCAGCUCAAGGAUGGCGUGUAUCUCGCGGCAGGCCUCGGGCUGGCCAGCCUGGUUCAUGCGGUGAGCGUGAGUGAUGCGCCAGCACUCUCGCUCCGCGACUCAAAGCUGGACAUCGACGAGCCUGUGCUGGCUGUUCUUCUGGGAGCUGUACCGAGGACGGAGCUGGCGGCGCUUGUCAAGGGUGUGCCGCGUCUGGGCGAGGUGCUCGACGUGCCGCUUGUGCGUGACGCGUUCUGGUCAGCAUCUGAGACCGAUGUCGAUCGCACUGAGUUUAUGGAGGCGGCAAUCGGGGAUGGCAGCGGCGUUGAGCUCCUGGCCAAGCUUGCGGGGCAGAGUGCCGCUACUGCGGCCGAGCUUGUGGCGGCACGCGCAGAUCCGCUGGGGCUCUGGUCAUCGGAAGCGAUGGUCGCUGCUGUGGCCCAGGUCGCAGACUCUUCUGCGCUCGACCAAGUUCUCGAUGCGCUUGCAGUGUCGGUCCUCUCUCGCGUUAUGGCGGUGGGUGGGUCUGGAGUGGACGCGCUCGAUUUCAGGGCGCUGGCGGAGGCGGCAGCGAGUGGAGGCGGCGGUGAGGAGGCUGACGCGAGCCGGGCGCUGCUGGCAAGCAUUGCUGUACCUCGGGCACGGCUCUCGCCGGAUGCAGCUCUCGCCGGGUUGAGUGCGCUCCUCGGCGUGGGCGCUCCUCGGCUGGCUCGCAUCGAACAAGCCGUACUGCUCGAUGCGAUUGCGGCGUACGUGCACUCUGUGGUCCUCGACGCCGCAGCAGUGGCCAAGUCGCCGACGCGUGCGGUGGAGGCAUGGAUGGACCGGGUGGCCAAGCUGCCGUCUGUGGCGGACGUGGCGGUAGCCGGACCGCGUGCGCUAACGGCUGCGCUGGCGACGAUCACCCUUCAGCGCAUGUGA